CUUCAGAGCUAAGAAGUUGGAUGAAUUCUGUCAGUCGGCCCCCGAUAAGUGCACAGUAAACCUGAAGCUGCCACUACUCAAACGGGAUCCGAGCACACAACUGCUGGAGGUGAAUUUCGACGAUCAACUCGUGGAGGUCCUACGGGAGGUCCACUAUUUGCUCAUGUUGAGCGGUGAGGGCGCCUGUGAACAUCCAAUUGCACCCGAAUGGGAGACGGUGGUCUUUACACCAGUGGACGAGAUUAGGAGCAAAUUACCUCCGGCCAGCAUUGCCGUCUUCGAGAAGACGGAACCCUUGCGCGAAGCCCGACUAAAUCUUAAUCAAAUUGCCUUUGCCUACAACACCAUCCGAAGGGUGACAUUCACCGUUGAGUAUCCCCUUAUUGCGAAUGAGGUUGAUGUCUUCGAUAAGGCAAUUGAACCAGCUUUCAGUUCAUUAAAUUGGGACCGCGAUAAUUCCGAAUUUAUCAACAACAAUUUGGCCACGAUUAGUGAUCUUCGUGAUCGCCUACUGACAGCACAUGACAAGCUGAAAAAGAUCGAAGAACUGGCAGCUCAGUGGAACACGGUACCUCUCUAUCAGGGCAAGGAACGGAAGUACGACUGUCUCAUCCCAUUAGAAGAUAGAGACACCAUAAAAGAGGCCCGUUACCGCGAUAUGCAUAAUGCAUCAGAAGCUAUACUCAGGCUUGUUGCGGAGAUCUUGGAGCUCUACCAAGCGGACACUGAGAGUGCGGAGUGGAAAGCCUACUUGGAGGCCAUGGAAGACCUGAUUCUGGAGGGUCUGACUGAAGCUGUGCGCUGCAGUCUGUCUUAUCUGGCCAACCACACAGACAAAAAUAAGACCGAUAUGCCUUUGAUGGACGGAAAGUUAGUUAUCGACGGUACACAGCUCAAAUUUACGCCAGCUAUGCAUGAGGCUCAGGGCGAAAGUCUGAUGGAUCUGAUGGAUAGCCUGGUUCAGGACAUCACUGACCAGUCUCGACUCAUUCCACUGCUCACCAGCAAUCCACCUCUACCGGACCUGGCCGCAGAA